CACUCGCAACUAGUAUUUAAAAUUGAUACGUCGUGUUUGGUUGGUGCAAGUUUACUUGCGAUCUUCGAGUGAAUUAAAACCUAAUACUACACAACUACGCAACAAAAAAAUGGCGCUACUACCGUAUUUGUUGGACGAAUUUCGCCCGCGACGUCUACGGGAUCAGCUUUUUGGGUUGGAUUUGUCUCCCAACGACUUCUUGACGGACGUUUUAGAUAGACCCACACUUCAGAUCCGCGAGUACAUUCGUCCGUGGAGAAAUUUAGCUUUGGCGGCGAGGGACCUCGGUUCUACUAUCAAGUCUGACAAGGACAAAUUUCAGAUCAACUUGGACGUUCAACAUUUCUCUCCGGAAGAGAUAUCGGUGAAGACAGCUGAUGGAUUCGUCGUUAUAGAAGGUAAACACGAAGAGAAGAAAGAUGACCACGGUUUCGUGUCGAGACAGUUUAAACGCAGAUACGCUUUGCCAGAAGGCUGUAACCCGGAGACCGUUGAGUCGAGGCUUUCUUCGGAUGGUGUGUUAACAGUAAUCGCACCAUUAGCAACAAAAGGUGUGAAAGAUGAAAGGGCAGUGCCAAUAACACAUACAGGACCAGUCAGAAGGAAAGCGGUUGAUAACGAGACGAAUGAAGCCAACGGCAAUGCUACGGAAGAAGAAAUAAAAUCUCCACAGAAGAAAAAAAGGCGUUAAAAUAUGUAAUUAGCUCAGAAAUUAGUUAAGGCAUUCCACAUUGAGACUGAUUUUUGUAUUACUUAAUUAAUAAUAAAUAAUUGAUUAUAAGUUUAA